CGUUGAGCCCCGUCACUCCUACCGAGCUACUUGUUGAGCUGUAAUGCAAUGCUCGGCACCUUACUGAGUCGCUAAGCGAAANGAGCCGUCCGCNUUUCGACUGCUGUGCUGCGAAACAACAAUGGCGCUCUUGCUCGCGUCAUCUCUCGCAAGAGUUGCAGCAUGUGAAAUACUGCCAUGCAGGACGACUGACGAGACGGUCUUAUGUGAAAUGUAUCCCGUGCCUGUGGAAGUCUGCGAGCAAGCGGAGGGAAUUUUUGACGCCUCAUCUUGUCUCCUCUGGUCUGUGCAAAGGCACCCUCGCUAAGAAUCGUCGCUGAGAGUGCCGUGAUGCCCAAGUCACUCGGCAAGCGCUUGUUUUACGAGCUGAAACAGGCCCUGUGAUCCGACUCGAGCGUUCCCUGACGCCGCUAGCUCUGAAAAUCUUGGUGCGUCCCGC